AUGGCUGCACCAGUUGAGAUUGAACUGGCUGCCAUCUCUGGCAGAAGUUCCACUUUCGAUAUUGAAACUCCAGAAUUGAAGCAAGAAAAUGAAAUAGUCGAAUCGCAAAGGGAAAGAGGACAAUCCACUGAUGGACUUCACACCCCUAUUGAUGUUCUUCCUCCGGUAGACGGCGGUAGAAGAGCAUGGCUAUUCCUCCUAGGUGCUACAUACAUGGAAAUCAUCAUUUGGGGUUUACCAUUCUCCAUCGGUGUGUUACAUGUGUAUUGGACGAACACUCUGUUUCAAGGUCAAGGUGCAUCAACCAUAACUCUAGCGGCUACUCUUCAAACUGGUUUAUUGUAUAUGGCUUGCGCUUUCUUUGGACCAGUAUUCGCUGCUGUACCAAGGUGGACAAAGGCUAUUCAGGUUGCUGGUUUAUUGAUUGGAUCUUCCUCAAUGAUUGCCAGUGCAUUCGUAACCAAACCAUGGCACUUGGUCAUGACUGUCGGAAUAUUCUAUCCCAUGUCUUGUGCAUGCUAUUUCCCCUGUGCAACAUUACUGUUUGAAUGGUGGCAUACACGAAGAGGAUUUGCAUCAGGUAUGAUGUACGCAGGUACCGGAGUAGGAGGAACGAUUUUCCCUUUCUUGAUGCAAGGCUUAUUAAACCGAUUUGGAUAUAAAGCAGCUAUGAUCUCAUUAGGUGUAGGUUAUGCAAUCACAGGUUGUAUAGCUCUUAUACCUAUCAAUAGAAGAAUUCCUCUUUCAAGGUAUGAUCAGAAUGGAAGCAGUAGACAUAGAGCAAGGAUUGAUUGGUCAUUCGCCAAAAGAAAAGCUUUAUAUUUAGGUAUAAUGACAAUUGGUAUAACGAGUUUAGGGAAUUUCGUUCCCAGUUUAUGGCUACCAUCUUAUGCGGAUGAUUUGGGCCUUCAUAAUCCUGACGGUACAGCUUUAGUAGCUAUUCUCAACGCCGCGACAGCGCUGGGAAACGGUUUAUUGGGAUACCUAUCGGAUCGUCUCUCACUCAGAUCAACAAUAAUUAUCUCAUGUGCUGGUAGCGCGGCAGCUUGCGCAUUCUUAUGGGGUUUCGGAAAGAACUCUGGUGUACUGGUGACCUUUGCGGUCGUAUUCGGAUUGUUGGGCCCAAGCUUUUCAGCAGUUUGGUCGAAGAUAAUUCAUCUGGUUGCUAAGGACGAUCCAGCUGUGACUGCAUUAACCUUCUCGUUAUUCGCUUUUGUCCGAGGCGUCGGUAAUAUGAGUUCUGGACCUAUCUCAGAAUCAUUACUUCAGUUCGACGUGUUGAAAGGAGGAAUCGGUGCUUAUGGAUUCAAGAAUUAUGGCAUACUUCUGAUAUACACAAGUAUCACCAUACUAACAGGAGGAAUUGCCGGACUUAUGUUUAAGGAUUAG